CGCACAUGUUUGCCAUCUAGCUGAUUUGACCAAAUUGAGUAAGCACUUAGUGUUAUCGAUAACUUUCUGUCUGCACCAGUCCAGUACCAAAACAUUUUGUAAAAUUAAUAAACGAAAUAUACCUAGGGGCCAUUAAUUAGCAUGAGUACACAACGCGGGAACGCAAGUCGCACACGUGCCCAAAAACACAAAAAUCGUCAUGUAUUCAAAAACGACUUGCAUGACAAGACGCCACAGCAGAUACGACUGAAUAAGAUGCACGUAUCGACGGUCUGCCAACGCUGCAAGGAGGUCAUCGAGUGGAAGAUCAAAUACAAAAAGUACAAGCCCCUGACCCAGGCAAAGACCUGUGCCCGCUGCCAACAGCGCACUGUGCGCAAGGCCUACCAUGUCAUCUGUCGGGACUGUGCUGUGAAGGACCAUGUGUGCGCGAAGUGCCUGAAGAGCGCCGACGAGGUGGCAAUCGAAGCGCCAGAGCCAACGCCUCAGGAGGAACAACAGCUGCAGGUCGAAAUGGACCGGCUGAUAAAAUCUUUUCCAGAGCGCAAGCGACGUGCAUUUCUCCGCUUCAUGGCCAAGGGACGUAAGCAGGAGACCGAGACCGAGGAGCCGGUUGAUGACGAGGAGCGGGAGGCGCAAGAGAAGGCGACGCGCGUCAGGCAUACGCGCGAGGAGCUGCUGGAGAAGAUCAAGCAGCUGAAUCUCGCCGAAGAGGACGAUGAUUACAACGACGAUGAGGACGAAGACGAAGAUGAGGAUGGGGACGGUGACGGGGAGGGUGAUUCGGAUCUCGACUCGGAUGAAUGCGACAGUGAGGAAAGCAGCGAUGAGGAGCAACAAAAACCUAAUAUAAGCGAUAAACUAGUAAACAAAUAGCAUUCAAAUGCCGAAAUAGUGUGAAAAUUAGGUUAUGAAAGCACAAUUUUUUUUUUGUAUAAAUUAAUUAUUAUCAUGAAAU